AGUAUUCUGUCAGCAUUCAGCUGAAGAUCAUCAUACUUCGACAAUCGGUCUGAGAAGAUGUAUAUUGUGUUUAUUGUUUUAUUGUCAGUAUUUGUGUUUGUGUUUUCUGACCUUCUCGAUGGAGUAGGAACAUUCAGUUUUAAUAAAUCCAAUAAUAAAAGUGGCGAAUACGAUUUUGAAUAUAGGCUAGAAAAUGGAGAGCUCUUUGAUGGCAAAACCAUUUCCCUAAAUGGCUGCGACACAAAUGUACACAUUAUGUUUGGAGCUGAUAAUUCUAUCUUCUGGGUUCGACUUAGCGAGGAGGAAUUCCAAACUAACUCAAUUAUUCGGAAAAUUGUGCGCCGAGUUGAACGGAUUAAAAAUACUGAAAUACGUUUCAAGGAUGAUCUAAUUGAAUACACAGUCACAAAUUAUAGUAGCUCUUGGAAGGAAGAUAGUCUGGUACAAAAAGUGCCAUAUUUAACUAAGUGGGAUUUUGAAAAUAUAUGCUUUACCAAACAAGAUGAGGCCAAUAAAAUAUUUCUCUUUGAAAUCAGAUCGAAAAAUAAUCCUCGACUUUAUAACGGAACAACAAUUUGGGAAGAUGGAAAUCCACGGUUGCAAAAGAUAUAUUUGAAAGACUUACAAAUAUACGAUGCCAAAUACGAAAUUGAGCUAACGGAAAAUGUGCUCAAUUCCAAUGCAACAUUUUGUAAAGGAAUCUCCAGAACCGUUUGGGAAUAUGGUGUACUUGGAGCAUGCGCCGCGAGAGUCAAAAAUCCUAAACUGAUGGAAGAAUUGAUGAGAACUACUCAAAUGAAGUAGGCUAAACGGAAUCUUCAUAAAGACUGGUUUUUUGCAUUGGCAUUGCUACGAGAGAAAAAUCAUUCUGAACAUCUUUGUUUGUUUCUUAUUAUUGACCACUUUUUCCAUAAGGAAAUUGGAAGUUUGUUUGGCGACUCAGGAUAUUGAAAGUUCUUUGCGUUGUUUUCCUGACUACAGCAUGCUCUAAACGAUAUUUUCUCAAAAAUAAAAUUAUGUUCUUGUUAUUCAAUAAGUUUCAAAAUAAAAUAAAAAUUACACCUCAAUUAUCACAAACUCGUUUUUCAAAAGCGAAUAAAACUCAGAAUAUUUAUUCAUUUUCAUUGAAGAACGAAGAACGGUGAACAAAUGAAGGACAAA